CAAAAUUCAAGCAAUUCACACAUGCACAUUCCCACAAAUAUAAUUCAUUUUUGAAUUUUUCAACCUCUUACUUACUCGUCACUACGUCUCUUAUAAAUAAAUACAAUUCAAAACCUCAAAGAAACACAACAACAACAACCACCACGUAUAAGACAGUGGAGAAUCUAUAGAACAACCAAUCAUGGGAAACACCAUAGGAAAAAGCAAAAAAGCAAAGAUUAUGAAGGUAGAUGGAGAAACCUUCAAAGUAAAAACUCCAACGACAUCAAACGACGUCGUCAAAGACUAUCCCAACCACGUUCUCCUCGACUCUCAAGCCGUAAAACACUUCGGGCUUCGGGCCAAACCAUUAGAGCCCAACCAAGAAUUAAAGCCCAAGAAAAUCUACUUCCUCGUAGAUUUACCCAAAAUUAAGCCCGAAGAAGAUAAACCGUCACUACCGAGAAGAGCGCAAUCUAGUGGAAUAAGGAACAUGAAUGCUAAGGAUAGACUCGAGUUGUUAAUGCUAUCAAAACGCUCCGUUUCGGAUAUUUCGUCGGUGAAACCGUUACCUGGUUUGGGCUUAGAUGGGCCCAUGAGGGUGAAGAUGAGGCUUCCUAAAGCCCAGUUGGAGAAGUUGAUGGAAGAGAGUAAUGAUAAGGCUGAGGUGGCUGAGAAGAUUAUGAGUUUGUAUAUGGAAACGAGUGGUGGUGGUGGUGGUGAUGCGGUGGAGCAUGACGGUGUCGUUUUGAGUCAAAAUCGUAAGCCACGUGGGAAACGAGUAAGUUUUAGCCCAGUGGAAAUUGAAGAAAGUCACGUAGCAGCAGCUUCUCAAUAGCAAGUAUUUUUUUAAUUAGUAGUACUUCAUGAUACUUAGAUAUGUACAUUUGUACCGGAAUACAUAAAUACAUAUAUGUAUAUAUAAAAUGCAGGAAUGAUUUAAUG